CGUACCUAAACCUUGGUAAUAUGGAGCUCGAACAAUAAAAAACUUACUCUAUAGAGAUUGCUACUGGACACUCUAUGGGUAUUGUAUCUUCAAAUGGAUAUCAGUAUGGGGAUCCUUCCCAAAUUGCCUUUAAAUUGUGCGUACAAACUGCUUCUACCAAACCUGUUGAAGAACAAGGUGGAAAGUUGACUUCAUGGAAGGACAAUAAUUUCCCAAAGAUUGAUCAUUUUGAAGACUCGGAUUCCAUUAUAUCUGUUGAUCUCCAUAUUCCAACAACUUCCUAUUGGUGCAUGAAGGCAAUUGAAGAAGAAAUAACUAAUUUUCGGGAUUUAUUGUCUGAAGAUGAGUGUAAAAUUGGAAAGCUUUCACUUGCUAGACUUUUGACUGCUCUUGAUUUGUUAACGCAUCAACAUGACAAAAGAAAAAACCAUACUGAAAAAGUUCUUAAACUUUACACUGAUUUGGUGGAGUUGGAUUCAACACAUUCACUAUACUACAAGGAUGAGCAUAGUCUGGUAUUACUUCAGCAGAUUUACAACUAUCUUUAUAGGUUGGAAGCUAUGCAACUUCUAUCUUCCUUAAAUCUGAGUCAUAACAAAUUUGGUAGUUUUACUGCUCUGAAGCCUCUCAGAUCACUCAAGUCGCUUAAAGUGUUGGAUAUCUCUUACAAUGAGUCAGGCUCUCACUCGAUUGACACAAGAUACUUACGUGUAACAUUUUUUACUCAGUAUUAGCACCAAA